AUGAGUGACGCUGUGACCAUUCGUACCCGCAAAGUUUUGGGUAACCGUCUUCUUAACAGACGCCAAAUGGUAAGUUAAUUUUAUUUUUUUGUUUUGAUUUUUAGGAGUUUUAAUAGUCAAAAAUACCUUCUUUGAAGUGUCGAGGAGCUGUUAGGUUUUUUCUGGUUUACGUAGAUUUAAGAUUUUAGGUAUUCUAUGUUGUAGUAGGUCUGAUUUUGUUAUGUGAUAAGGUGGGAUUUUUGUUUAGGAUUUUUAUAGAAAAUGAAUCUUUUGGUUAGCUAGGGGUUUACAACAAGGUUUAUAUUUUUAUUUAGUGGUAGUUUAUUUUAAAAUGGUUGAGUUACAUAUGGGUAAAUCUUUUGUUUUAAUUAGCAAUAACUUUUGUUGAGUUGCAACGUAAAUUAACCAAAUUCUAUGAAGGCAGACAGUUUAGAUGCUUUACUCACGUAUGAUACUGUUUUAGAUGUAAGAAAUACGAUUUUCUUUAUUAAAAUAACUUUAUUUAACGUUAAUCUCAAAAAAUUGUAGGUCGUCGAGAUCCUUCACCCAACUCGCGCCUCUGUGCCAAAGAACGAGGUUCGUGAACGUCUCGCAAAGAUGUACAAGACUACCCCAGAUGUGAUUGUUGCUCACGACUUCAAAUGCCACUUCGGAGGCGGCCGAUCAACUGGAUUUGCCCGUAUCUACGAGACCGUUGAUUACAUGAAGAAGAUCGAGCCCAAACACAGAAUCUUGCGUGUAAGUUUUAGUUUUAUGGUUUUGUUUUGGUAUUUUAGAGUAGAAUGGUUCUAAAGUAUGAAUUUGGGUUUGGUCAAGUCGAGGUUUUAGUUAAUUAUUGAAGGUGUUGGCUAAAAUUAUGGAAAGUUGUUUUAUACAUAAGAUAAAUAUCUAAUUUUUAUAUUAUUAGUUGAUGAAUAACUUUUUUUGAUGUUAAAAAUAGGUUACUCGAUUCUUAGAUAUAUUAUGAAAAUUAGUUUGUAUCAAAUCUUAUUCUUAUCAUUUUCAGCACUCUGGUGAGAAGGUUGAGAAGCCAGGUCGCAAACAAAGAAAAGAGCGUAAGAACAGAGCCAAGAAACUGCGCGGUGUUGCCAAGGUUAAGGGAUCUGCUGCCGCCAAGAAGUAA